UGUUUCCCUCCUGUCAGUGAGCAGUGGUGAGGGCAGGGGGAGACACAUACCGACUAAUAAACAGUCUUGGCUCAACACCUGUUGCCAUGGCUGCGACCCGGUUUCAUUCGGUCCUCAGCUGCUCGGUGCCACUGAGGGCGUUUCAGCAGUGGAGUGUUCUGCCUGCCUCAUUGUGCGGACUUGCAGAUUUCGUUGCAUUGGGCAUUUCCCCUUGAUCUUUGUGCUUCUACCUAAAGUAACCAUUUUCCUACUGUCUGCCUUGUCAGCACAGCCAAAUAAAGGGGCAGAGAUUUGCCAACUUGUCAGAGGCGUGGAUAUGGCAGACAUGCGUCCAUUUUCAGCAGCAGAUGAGCAGGGACCAGUGAAUCACCGUGACCUAAAUGAGCCACUAAUCGACCACUCGGAGGGCCAACACUUCCUGAAUGAAGCCUUCAAAAUAAUUAUAGAGGAGGUGCUCUGCAAGGGCACAGACGUCAAGCAAAAGGUAUGUGAAUGGAAGGAGCCGGAGGAGCUGGCUGUGCUGCUGGAUCUGGAGCUGAGGCCGACGGGAGAGCCACAACAGCAGCUCCUGCAGAGAGUCAAAGAUGUCGCCAAGUACAGCAUCAAGACAAGUCACCCUCGCUUUUUUAAUCAGCAGUUUGCAGGAGUGGACUAUCACGCCCUGGCUGGACGAUUCGUCACUGAGGCUCUCAACACUAACCUCUUCACAUAUGAGGUGGCCCCGGUGUUUGUGCUGAUGGAGAUGGAGGUGCUGAGAGGGCUGCGGCAGCUGGUUGGCUGGACAGAAGGUGAUGGUCUUUUCUGUCCUGGGGGGUCUACCUCUAACAUGUACGCUAUGAACCUCGCACGCUACCGACUCUUCCCAGAGGUCAAAAGUCAGGGGCUGUGGGGUCUCCCACGACUUUCCAUCUUUACAUCUCCAGAGAGCCAUUACUCUGUGAAGAAAGGGGCUGCCUUUCUGGGCAUUGGGACAGACAAUGUCGUCAUGGUGAACGUGGAUGAUGGAGGCCGCAUGAUUCCAGAGGACCUGGAUGAAAAGAUAAAACUGUCAAAAUCUCAGGGUGCAGUGCCCUUCCUUGUAAGCUGCACAUCAGGGACCACAGUGCAGGGUGCAUUUGACCCACUGGACCGCAUAGCUGAUGUCUGUGAGAAACACAAGCUCUGGAUGCACGUAGACGCUGCCUGGGGAGGGAGUGUGCUCUUCUCCAAGCAACACAGACAUUUGAUGAAAGGGGUUGACAGAGCAAAUUCAGUAGCCUGGAAUCCACACAAGAUGCUGGUGGCCGGCCUGCAGUGUUCUGCCCUGCUGCUUCAGGAUACCACGAACUUGUUGAAGAAGUGCCACAGUGCCAACGCCACAUAUCUCUUCCAGCAAGACAAAUUCUAUGAUGUGAACCUAGACGUGGGGGAUAAGUCGGUGCAGUGCAGCCGCAAGGUCGACUGUCUGAAGUUGUGGUUGAUGUGGAAAGCUGUUGGCUCCACUGGCUUAGCCGAGCGUGUGGACAAAGCUUUUGUUCACGCAAGGUAUCUGGUGGAGCAGAUGAAGAAAAGAGAAGGGUUUCAUCUUUUGCGUGAUCCAGAGUUUGUGAAUGUAUGCUUCUGGUUCAUACCACCCAGUCUGAGGGGGAAGGAAGGAGAUGCAGAUUACCAGGACAAACUGGCAAAAGUAGCUCCGGUAAUCAAGGAGCGCAUGAUGAAACAAGGCACUAUGAUGGUGGGCUACCAACCUUUGGGAAACAAGGUCAACUUUUUCCGCGUUGUUGUUUUGUCUCCGCUGAUUUCGCAGAAAGAUAUGGACUUCUUCCUUGAUGAAACUGAAAGACUGGGAAACGACUUGUGAACAAAAACACUGUUCUAACGCUGUUCUAACUCGGAGAUACGACUUGCGUCAUUAAAACAGCUACUGUAACAAGAGAUACUAAACUCUGAAAUCUGAGGACCAUUGAUACAAAUAUAAAUAAAUUAAUUAAUGAUUAGAUAAAGUACUGGGCCUUCAUUUGUUUUCCAGUGAAUCUAACAGCUGUUCUGAAAUCAGUUCACUAGACAGUUUUUUGAAACCAUUUGUGCAGAGUUGGGGAAUUUUUAUCCUAACAUUUGGAGAUGUAGCCUGUUAUAUUUUACUUUUUGUCCAUCAUAAAGUCUCUGAGUGGAACACAGAAACCUUUCAGUCAGAGACUUUACGAUCAACUUAUCACCUUUAAUUACUUCCAUAACUCUAGAAAUGCAACCAUUAUUUUCAUUAAUAUUUUGUUCUAUAAAACAUCAGCAUACUUUAUCUUCAACUAUAAUGUAAGACAAAGAAAGCAACAAAAUCAGCUGUUUGGAAUUAAAUGACUUCAUGUUUUAUUGAUUUAAAAAAUAGUUGAUUACAUUUCUGUCUCACAUUUUAUUAAUCAACUUUAUUGAAAAAAUUAUACAACAUUUAUACAUGUGAACUAUUUUUUUAGAAAGUAAACUGUAUAAAGCAUUAGCGUAAGGUAAUUGCAAUAGUCCCGCUAUUAUGACAGGAACUAGUGCAUGCAAGUAACUAUUUAUGUGCCUACACUAGUUACCAUAUAAUCUUAUUGUCUCGUCACAUGAUCAAAUACAGACUUGAUAGCCUAUUUGUCAACACCAACAUAUAUAUUACCCAGAAAUCAUCAUCGCAUAUAUGUGCAUGACAAAAAUUUUAAGGGAAAUAGGGAAUUAUUAAUUGAAUUGAAUAAGUUAUUAUAUUUUAUUUAGAGAUUGUGUAGAAUAAGCAGAUAUUUUAUAACAUAUUUGUUACAGAUUGCGAUUGACAAUUUUACAAAAAGACCAAAGAAAACCAUGAUGGAGAUGGGUUGUCCGUUUCAAAGGCAAAUAAAGCAAAUAACACCA